AGUCAAGGUCAUUAGAGUGUUAUUGUCAUUUACUUGUUUACUUCACAAAAAAAAUUAUCAUUAUUAUUAUUCAAUUUUCUAACAAUGAUCAAACAAAGGCAAAAGUACAAGAGACUGGAAAAAGGCAAAGACAGUGAUAGCGAUGAUGGAGAAGAAACAGAAUUAUUUGUCAGGAAACAAUCACCAAAGAAAGAACCAACUGUUGAUAGGGCUGUUGAAGUGAAUGAUACCUUGCAGUCAUUAGCAAUUACAUAUAAUUGUUCUAUAGCAGAUCUGAAAAGACUAAAUAACAUACACAAUGAAAAUGAAAUUUUCGCAAGAAGGACAAUAAAAGUACCCUAUAGGCCUUUCACUCUAGCAUUAGCAGAUGUUCAUAUCAGUGGUGACCAUUCACCUGAAUCUGUUGGUGAACCUUCAACUAGUCAGCUCAUUGAUAUUGAAUCUCUCAACACAAAACUCAGUGAUAGUUUACCCAGAAAUGAAAGUAGAAACUUGGAAGUGAAUGAUAUUAUUUUUAAUAGUCAAAUAUCCCAGAAGAGCAAUAAUGUCAAUACAGAGCAAGAAUGUACUGGAAACUGUGAAGAACAAGAAGUGAGCUUGUUGCCACAAGUUGAUGUUCCUUUACAAAAAGCUGAUUUGACUGCUUCAAGAUUGAGUUGCAAUGGAGCAGAUGCAGACAUAUCCUGGAUUGCACUAAUCCUGUGUAUAGUGAUAGUAAUUUUUGCAAUUCCUCUUAUAUAUGUGUUUUAUAUUGCUGAACAUCCAGACCAAUAUCAUCACCACAAUUCAUGAUAUUGGUAUUUAUCCAUUUGAUCUUUAAAUGUUGGGCUGUGCAAUAGAUAAUCAUACAACAUUUUUACCCCUUAUAAUGGUAAACUGGAGGUUAAAGUGAUACUUCAUUUCUCAAUAUACAAAACAACAAAAUAUCUUUAUCUACAUUUUCAAUGCAGCUAAUGAGGAGUUGCUCAACAAAAUUUUAAUUAUACAGUGUGUUUCAGACUUAUAUGUACAUAGGAUACCUGUAGAUAGAGGACACUUCGGUGGUUCCAAAUCACCCCUCAUCGAUAUGUCUACCGUCUUUGAUAACUGAGAUACAGGACGUUAUCUUGAUAUUGGCAAAAUCUUCAUCUGGUUAUAACUUCUGAACCACUUUGUAUAAUCCAUCUAUACUUGGUAGAAAUAUUUCACUUAUAUUAUCCAUCAAAACCAAAUGAAAAUCCGGAUUAAAAUCCAGGUCCGUCUUGAGGAAAAACAGAAAACUUCUUUCAUCUCAAAAACAACACUCUGUACGGCAAAAUUUU